UUGUUGGUUCCGAAGCCGAAAAGCCAUCAACAAAAGCACACAACAAUGAAUGAAUGAGUGAGUGAAUGAAGGAAGGAACGAAUGAGGAGUGCAUAAGGGAAAGCCUCAUUUUCAUUUUGUUUUAUAUUGGACUUCCCAAACGAAAUUACUUUGACAUAUAAAAUCGGUUGAUUCAAUACAUUUCCAAAAAACUACAAAAUCAAACCUACCAGAUUCUACCUCCUCCGAUUCCGAUACUUAUACUCCUCCGCUAAUCGGAAUCGGUACUUCCCAUAACCCUCCAUUUCCAUUUCCAUUUCCAUUUCCCACCCCGAAGCAAUGGCAGCCCUCUGCUCUCACUCCACUAUUCCAUCUCAUAAACACUCCCUCUCUACUCACUUCUGCUCCACCAACUCUCUUCCGCCACCCCUCAAGUUUUUUGGUCGCCUUUCCGCCUUUCCUCUCCCUUCUCCCUCUAGGUUUCCUCUUCCUUUUCCUUCUAUCUCUUGCCACGCCUCUGCUACUUCACCUCCUUCCCUCCAAUCCAAAGUGAAAACAGAGAAGAAGGAUUUCCUUCACCUCAGCGAUUUUGAUAAAUCCACCCUCUUGAAGAUCUUAGACCGUGCAGUUGAAGUUAAGGCGCAACUGAAAUCUGGUGAUAGGUCAUUUCUCCCAUUUAAAGGGAAGACAAUGGCGAUGAUCUUUGCAAAACCAUCCAUGAGAACCAGAGUUUCAUUUGAGACUGGUUUCUUCUUGCUAGGGGGCCAUGCCAUAUAUUUAGGGCCUGACACUAUCCAAAUGGGUAAAAGAGAGGAAACUAGGGAUAUUGCUCGUGUUUUGUCUCGCUAUAAUGAUGUCAUCAUGGCUCGUGUAUUUGGUCACCAGGAUAUUCUUGAUUUAGCUAAAUAUUCCACCGUACCGGUAAUAAAUGGCCUGACGGAUUACAACCAUCCAUGUCAAGUAAUGGCUGAUGCACUCACUAUGAUUGAACACAUUGGCAAGUUAGAAGGAACUAAGGUCGUGUAUGUUGGAGAUGGAAAUAACAUGGUGCACUCAUGGUUGUUGCUGGCAUCAGUUGUACCCCUCCACUUUGUUUGUGCGUGUCCUAAAGGUUUUGAGCCAGAUAAGAAUACAGUUGAAAAGGCCCGACAAGCUGGAGUUAGCAAGAUUGAGAUUACCAAUGAUCCCAAGGAAGCAGUGAAAGGAGCUGAUGUUGUAUACUCAGAUGUCUGGGCCAGCAUGGGACAAAAAGAGGAGGCUGAUUAUCGGCGCCAAGUGUUUCAAGGCUUCCAGGUUAACGAAGAGCUGAUGAACUUAGCAGGUUCAAAGGCUUAUUUCAUGCAUUGCCUACCAGCAGAGAGAGGCGUAGAGGUAACAGAUGGAGUAAUUGAGGCUCCUAACUCCAUUGUCUUUCCUCAAGCUGAGAAUCGAAUGCAUGCGCAGAAUGCUAUAAUGCUUCAUGUUCUUGGCUUAUGAUUGUGUCAGUCAGCAUCUAAUCAUGCAAUUUUGCCAAUUUAUGUUUCAAUAAUACCAUAUGCCAAAGUUGGCUUCUGAUCUCUACUACUUUUUUUGUACUGUCUAUUUUGUUUCUCGCACGUAACCAGGAACCCACUUUUUUGCAAUUGGAAUUUGUCACGAGCCUCCCCUUUUGCUUUUUCUUCCUUA